UAGAAAAAAAAAUUAUUUACAAUAUAUUUUUUAAACUAAAUAAAAUAUUGUGUGAUAAUUAUAAACAAUUAAAAUUUUAUUAAAAUAUAUAUUUAUACGAACAAUUACAAGGAUUGUGCAUUAAUGACAAAAAGUAACUUGGAAUUUAAUACGCAUUUAUUUAUUGAUUAAGCUAAAAAAUUAGUAUAGUUCAAGAACUAAUUCAACUUUUUGAUGUCUUAAGCAGAAAAAUGAAUUAUGACCCUUACGAGCAGCCCGUGUGAGCUAGACAACAUGAGCUUGUUUCAAGACCUCAAGUUGAAAAGGAGAAAGGUCGACUCCCGAUGUAGUAGUGACGACUCGCCAGUAUCGUUUGGAUCAGCAGGAUCACCACUUGGGAUCCAACCAACGGAUGCACCUUCACCCAUAACCUUUCCUGCUCCAGGGGAAAGUAUUGCGGAUACGUCGACCUCCUCACCGGAUGUCAAUAUGCCCAGUUCGCCGGGCUGUCCCGUGGUCAAAGUAAAGAGCGAGUUUCUUCGAGGUAGUCCAAGUCCUCGAAGUCCUGGUCAACGUGGUCCCAGUGUUUCAGUAAUUGGCGGGACAAAUCUUUCUUAUCAUCAGCACGAUAAUAUACGUGAGACUGCAUCACCAGAUUCGGUCUUUCCAGAACCAGUGAUGAGUUCCACGAGAAUUAAUGAAGAAGGUAGAACUCAAACACCAGCACCACUAUCACCGUGUGUUGAAAUAAGUAAUGCGGUAUCCACAACACCAAUAAGCCAAGAAGAACAACCUGGCAGUAGAUGUCAGACACCAGAGCGAGCUGGUGAAUUAUCAUCAGGUCAAACAAAAUUAGAUUCAGACAACUCGGUAUUUGAUGGUGGAGGCGGAGGUGGAGGAAGUGAUAGAAAUUCUCGAGUUGAUAUCUCGAGUCAGCCUAGUCCAUCCUCCCAGUACAAUAUUAGCCAAGCACCCAGUCCAAGUAGUAACUCAUCACACAGUUCACAACAGCAACCACCAACACCACCAAGAUCACGAGCUCCUUCGGUUCCAGCUCAUCUCCUUGCUCAUCAUCAGUUUUGGUCACAGAAUUCUGGAGUCCAGAGUUUUGCAGCUCAGAGAUUACUUAAUGGAGUUAUCAGUAGUGUUGGUUACGGACAAAAUCUAUCUGGUAAUCCUAGUAGUACUGGUAGUCCAUCAGGGAAUGGACCUGGAUCUACUGGUAAUAUUGGAAAUAACCAAGGUACUAAUUCCAACAACACAUCAUCUUCAUCAUCUGCGUCGGAAGGUAUGAAACCACCAGCGCAAAGACCAGCCCCCUUAGCUCCCCGACCUCCUCCCACAGUGAUAAUGGGUGAGGUUGGUGGUGUUAGAACCAUGAUAUGGUCAGCACCUCCGUUGGAACCUGUUCCACCACCUGCAGCAUCUUGGACGACAACAGCAUCAUCAGCAUCCUGUUCGUCAUCUGAAGAAUCAGCUGCUCAAUUGCUGCUGAAUCUCGGCCAAGAAUCACGCGGUAAACCACCAUGUAUUUCAUAUUCUUCUGGACCACCAUUAAAUAUGGAAAGGUUAUGGGCCGGUGAUUUAAGUCAACUUCCUGCUGCACAACAGCUGCAAGCACUUAAUCUAACAGCGUCUGGUUCAAAUCAACCGUGGGUUAGAAAUGGCGCUGCAGUUAAAUCUGAAGCGGUAACACAAUCGAUGCAAUCACAUUCAACACCAGCUUCAACCUCUUUGCCAUCGCAAGAACAUGAAGAAGAUGAAACACCUAUGAUCUGUAUGAUUUGUGAAGACAAAGCCACUGGAUUACAUUAUGGCAUCAUUACAUGCGAAGGAUGUAAAGGAUUCUUUAAAAGGACUGUACAAAAUAGAAGGGUCUACACUUGUGUAGCUGAAGGUGGUUGUGAAAUAACAAAAACUCAAAGAAAUAGGUGUCAGUAUUGUCGAUUUAAAAAGUGCAUUGAACAGGGUAUGGUACUUCAAGCAGUCCGAGAAGAUAGGAUGCCUGGUGGCAGAAAUUCUGGAGCUGUUUACAACCUUUAUAAGGUGAAGUAUAAAAAACACAAAAAAACGAACAAAUCAAGUGGUGUAAGUGGUAACAAUAAUUCUACUAGUGGUGUAAAUGGCUCAGGAUCAUUAGUUGGCAAUAAAGGUACAAAUAUUGCUACAACAAUGUUAGAUAAACAUAUGGCUGCUGCAGCAACAACAAUGCUUGAUAAGCAUAUGGCUGUUGCCGCUGCUGCGGCUGCUGCUGCUCAUCAUAGCCAACAACAGCAGCAACAACAACAACAACAACAACAGCAGCAACAACAGCAGCAACAACAGCAGCAACAACAACAGCAACAACAACAACAACAACAUGCUUUUUUACACCAUCAUAAGAUAUCAUCGGAUCAACAUAAUUCACAACCAACACCAAGUCAUCCCAACCAUCCUUCGCAUACGGGACAUCUGGUUAAUGGGACAAUACUAAAAACAGCACUUACUAAUCCCUCAGAAGUGGUCCAUUUACGGCAAAGGCUAGACAAUGCUGUAAGCAGCUCGAGGGAUCGUGCUUUCCCAUUAGACGCAACACUCGCCAUGAUACAAACACUUAUAGACUGUGAUGAGUUCCAAGAUAUCGCAACAUUACGGAAUUUGGAUGAAUUGCUAGAUCACAAAUCAGACUUGAGUGAAAAGCUGUGUCAAAUAGGAGACAGUAUAGUCUACAAAUUGGUACAGUGGACCAAGAGAUUGCCGUUUUACCUUGAACUGCCGGUUGAAGUUCACACGAGACUCCUUACACAUAAGUGGCAUGAACUAUUAGUUCUAACGACUUCGGCUUAUCAAGCAAUGCAUGGUCAACAAAAAUUUUCUAAUGUUGGGACUGAUGGUACAAGUGCAGACUUCGUGCAAGAAGUUUCAAAUAACAUGUAUACGCUGCAAACGUGCCUAACGAGUAUGAUGGGACGAACCAUAACCAUGGACCAAUUAAGACAGGAUGUGGGUCUCAUGGUAGAAAAAAUAACUUACGUUACACUUAUGUUCCGAAGAGUUAAAUUACGGAUGGAAGAGUACGUUUGUUUAAAAGUUAUCACCAUGUUAUCACAAGCUCGAGGCAGUACGAUGGAAUUAGAACAAAUACAAGAUCGGUAUAUGAGUUGUUUGAGAAGUUUCGUCGAACAUAGUGCGCCACAACAACCUGGUCGUUUUCAUGAUCUUCUUCUUCGAUUGCCCGAAGUGCAAUCAGCAGCUACAUUACUACUCGAGAGUAAAAUGUUCUACGUUCCUUUCUUAUUAAAUUCAGCAAUUCAAAGAUAGUAAAUAUAAAAUAAAUGAUAAUAAUGCUGGAUUUAUCUGAACGUAAAUAAUAAAAUAUAUUUAUACAAAAAA